AUGGGAAUUGUCAAACGAAUAACAGCUUAUUCCAAGGUUUGUAAAAGUUCAAGACGCCCGCACGUUUUGAAAGAUAUCAAGUCAGAAGGAAGGGAAGAUCGCUUCUUUACGCUCAAAUCUUUGGGAGUUCCUAAAAAAAUUCAUUUACCAGUGGACGUUAUUGAACGUCAGAAAUUUUCCAAGCGGACAAAGUCACGAAUAAAGGGAUCUGCCAAUGAGAUUCUACAUAAGAAGCGAGAAGACUUUAAGAAAAGUAUAAAAUCGUUCAUCAACGUGGCGUUUCCAUCAACCACGAAUCCAUAUGGUUAUUUGAUGUCAAAUCCGGGUCCAGUAUUGAGUUUGGAAAAACUUUGUAGAGCGAAUCAAGGACUGAAACCACCAAAGUACAAGGAUUAUCUUGAUCCAACACAUAACUUACACUCGUGCACUUUAGAAUUUAAUGAUAAAAUUGAAAUUUCCGAUCCAAUGCCAACAAAGGUGUUGGCUAAACUUAAUGUCGCACAUAAAGCGUUAAUGAAAAUCAGGAGACGAGCGAAAAAGGAAGCUUCUAAAGGCAAUUCAUCAGAAGCAAGAAAUGCUAUAGCGGAAGCGAAAACAAAGAAGGAAAUGGCGAAAAAAAUGAAGUUCGCGAAAAUGAUGAUGGAAGAAACGAAAGUGACAAAGGUUAAUCACAUAAGAGACAAACCACCAAAAGAUUUUUACCAAAAUCCUCGAGUUCGAAAGUUAUGGGCAAAUAAGAGGGUUGAGCCAAAGGAUGAUUGGUUCAUGGAAAAUGUCAGUUGUAGAAAUUUCUCCCUAUUUAAAAGUUUCUACCCUAAUAUUGAUGAAUCUGAAUUAAUGACCAAGAAACGAAAAGUUAUCGAUUGGAAUGAUUCGAGAACAUUUCAAGAAGUUGAUACUCGGAGCAUCAAGAGGAUUCAGUUGGAAAAAGAGAAUGAAACUGUUGUCGAUGUUAUCGAUGAUGUCGCUAUUAAUAGCAAUGUGUCUGAAGCAAUUACUCAAGCACCACAUGAUCAAAAUCCCAUGGGUUUAAACUUUAUAACAGAAAUCGUCACACCGAUUACGGGCAGUAUGUCAAAAAAUGUGGUCCAAGAACCUCAAAAAACUGAGAAGCCGGUACUUCUUCGAAUCCAAGAUAUAUUGGGAGUAAUUAGUGGACUACCUUCAAUCGCAUCAGAAGAUCCUUUGAGAAAAAUUGGUACAUGCGAAAAGUCCGUAAAAAGCAUCAAAGCCGCCGAAAAUGAGAAGAGGAGGAUAAGAAAUCAAUCAAACGAGUCGAAGUUUAACAGCAUGCUUCAGUUAAGAUAA